AUGAUACACUUUUUUUUUUUUAAUAUGGAAAAAAAGAAUAUAUACGAAAAGGAGGAUAGAAAAAUUGAUAUAGAAAAAAAUAUAAAUAUAACAAAAACACCAACAGAUAAAGAUGAAGAAUUCAUUUCAGAAGAAAGGAGAAAAAUGAAAAAUUUAGAUGUAGAUAAUCAGGAAAAAAAUAUAUACAGUGAUAAUAAAAGUGAAGAAAAAGUAAGUUCAAAUAAGAAUGAAAAAAAAAUAAAUACAAAGGAUAAAAAUAAAAACUUGAAGGAUGAAAAAAAUAAAAUUUAUAUGGAAAAUAUAUGCAUUAGGAAAAUUUAUAGUGACUCUGGAGAAAAUGUUUUUUUUCAAAAGGAUUUAAAAAAUAAAGUAAAUAAAGAAAAACUUACAAAAUUAGAGCAUGCAAUAACUGAAAAAAAAAGUAAUUUUAAAAAUAUUGAAUACUGUGAUGAGGAUCAAACUGGUGAACACAUAAGAGGAAAAUAUAAAAUAAAUAUAAAUAAUAAUGAUAAUGAAAAAGAAAAUGAAAAUAUAGAUAAAGAAGAAAUAAAUAAGAGGAAAUUUAUUGAAAAUAAAAAAAAAAAUAGUGAGUAUACUAAUGAUUAUAAAAAAUAUGCUAAAACUAUAGAGAGUAUAAAAAAAAAUGAAAUGGAAUUGAACAAUGAAUUAUCUUCAGAAGAAAAUUUUUUUGCUGUUGAAAAUUCAAAUGAAAAAAAUGAUGAUUUUUUUAUUCACAACAGUAGUAUCGAAGAUCUAUGUGAUAUGUCCAUUUUUGAAGAUGAAAGUCUCAACUGUCCUAUUUUUUCAAGGUUUUCUAAUGAUUUAGAUAAAGAAAAAAAUAUUUUACAAGAUAAAGAAUUAUUAGGAACUAUUGAAAAUAAUGGAAAGAAUCAUUUAGAAGGGGAAAAUAUUAUAAAUCACGAAAACAAAUUGGAUAGCAAUAGCAAAUUAUAUUAUAUAAACAAAGAAAAAAAUAAUUUAAACAAAAAAAGGUCUUCAUUUUUAUUUAACAAUAUUAAAAAAUUUUAUAAUAAUUUCGUUAUGAACAAAUAUAAUGGUAAUGAUAAUUCAUUUUUAAACAAAAGAAUGAAGAGUGUUAAUAAAAAAAAAGAAUUUUUAUUAAACAUUUUAUCUAAUUCUGAUGAAACAAAAAUAAAUUUAAAUACAGAUUAUGAAAAAAUGAAAAAUUCGGAAAAAAACAAGGAAGAAAUAAAACAAAAUGAAAAAAUUAUUCAAAGGAUAUUAAAUUUAACUAGUAAUAACAAUGAUAAAUAUAAUAAUAAAAUGAAUUUUAUAUAUGACACUGAAGAAGAGAAAGCGAAUGAAAAAGAGAACAUUGGCCAAUUAAAUGAAGUGUUUAAUGAUUCUUAUUUAUAUAAAAGCAAAUAUAAUGGCAUAAAAGGGUAUGAAGAAAAGAAAAAGUAUAAUUAUUUUUUUGGUAAUAGAAUAAAAAAAGAUAGCAUGAUGAAUAUGAAUUAUAUUUAUGAUAAAUAUAAGAUUUUAUUAUCUGAAAUAAAAUCAGGAGAUUAUUUAAAUUCAAUUGAAAAAAAAUUAAGUGUUAUAGAAAAUUCUUUAUUGCAUACUUCUGAUUUACAAGAUAGUAAAGAUGAAAAAUUAGAUAUAAAAAAAAAAUUUGUAGAAAUAUUUGAUAAUGCUUUAGAUUGCUUGAUAGAUAAUUAUGAAGAAAUAAAAAAAAAAGAUGAUACAGAGAAGCUAAAGAAGGAACAAUUAAAUUUAACAUGUGAUUUUAAUUUAUUUUUAAGGAUAUGUAGAAUCAUUUUAAAUGAUGAACAAACCGUAUAUGAGAAUAAUCAAAAAAAUAUAUUGUUUUAUAAUAAUAUAUAUAAAAUAAAUUAUUUAUUAAAUUGUAACAGAAACAAAGAUAUUUUAUAUAAUAUAUAUUCUAGAAAAUUUGAUUUAUUAUUAUUAAAAAAAAAGAAAAAAUGGAAAACAAAAAUAAAUUAUGUAAAAAAGGGAAUAAUAGAAAAUAUUAAUAUAUUAUGGUUAUAUGAAAAAUCUAAUGAUAUAAAUUAUUUGCAUUUAUAUAAUUUAAAUAACAUUAAUAGCAAAAUAAUGACAAUCAUAAUAGAUGCACCUCUUGAAUGCUUAGAUAUUGUGUAUUUGAAUAAAUUUUUUCCAUUAGACACCUUUUAUAAUUCUAUAAAAAAUUAUUAUUUAAUGCUUGUAACUGAAAAUUCUUUUUAUUUUUUUAAUAUUCAUUUAUAUUUUAAUUGUGAAGAAGAUUUUAAUAUUUCAGUUAGUGAACAAUUAGUUUAUCAAACCAUUUAUCCAUUUUAUUUUAAUAUAUAUUUGUUUUUGUUAUUUAAAUUACCUAAAGAUUUUAAAAAGAAGUUUGAAUACAUUUCUUCCGAUGAAAAAAAUGAGAGAAUAUUUUUAGUUGUUGAAAAUGGAAUUGUAUAUGAAUUCAUUUAUGAAAAGAAAGAAUUGUUCAAGCCAUUAAAUAUUUUUAAGAAAAUAAUUUUUAAUUCUUUAGAUUCUUUAGUAAGUAGCUUAAAUGAGGCAUUAUUUUCACAAAAGAAAAGUGUAAUAGAUAUAUCAAAAAACGAAAAUUAUAUAAAUAGCAAAAAUAAAAAUAUUUUAAUUCAUCAAUAUAAGCAAAAUGAAAAGCCUGAUUUUUUAAAUGAUAGAGAAAUUUUAAAUGAGUAUAACAAAAAUAUUUACUGCGAUGAUCUACAACUUUUUCCAAUUAAAUAUCAUUUAAAAAAAGUAUUUAAUACUUAUUCUUUAAAAUAUUUUUCUUUUUACAAAAAUAAAGUAAGAAAAAUUUUAAUUGAUCAAGAAAGAUCUAUACUGUAUGUAUUGUAUGAAAACAGUGAUAUUCAUGUGAAAUUGUUAUCAAACAUAAUAGAUAAUAAAAAAAAUUAUAUGUCGGAAACUAUUAUAUUCACAAAAAAUGAUUUAGUGAAAGAGUUGAAAAAAAUUCAUUUUAUUGAUGAUAAUAAUAUAGUAUAUCACGAUUGUUACAAUACUAAUAGUGAUUUUUUUUAUAGUAAUAAUAAUAAUAAUAAUAGAAAAUAUUUAUAUUCUUGUAAUAUAAAUAUAAAUUCUUUUAAUAAAUUAAAUAUUGUUGAUAUGCAUAUUAAUUGUAUACAUGAGAGAAAUAAUAUUUUUCUAAAGUUGAUAGAUAAUAAUUUCAAUAUAUAUUAUUUAUCACUUGUGAAAAAUUUAGAUAGUGAUAAUUUUAAAUUUGUUUUAAGAGAUUUUCAAAAUUUCCCUCACAAAAAAGGAUUAAAAAUUGAUGAAAAAGAUUCUAAAGUUGUUUUUACUCACUAUUUAAAAAAUUUAUAUGUUAUUGUAAAAAAAAAAGAAAUGAAAAAAUAUAACAAUUUAGAUAAAAACAAAUUAUGUAAUAUAAAUAAAAACUUCUUAAGCCAAGAAAAUAUAAAUAUAAUAAAAAAAACAAAAAAAUCUGUUUCUAUAAAAGAUGGAAGCAUACAAGUAAUGAAAAGCAAUGCAAAGGAUUUGGGAAAUAUAGGUAAUGAAGUUAGAAAAAGAAGUAAAAAUAAAACUGUAGAAGAAGAAAAAAUAAAUGAUUGUGGAGAAAAUGAUGAUUCUUUUGAUUAUGAUGAAAAUUAUGAUGAUUAUGACGAAGAUGAUGAAGAGGAUGAAGAUAAUAAUGAAGAAUUAGACGAUGAUAACGAAUUCAAUAAAAAGAAAAAGGAAAUUUUUUGUUAUAAGUUACAAUUAUUAACAAAUUCAGAUGAAUUUGGUAACAUAAGUGUUUCUAAUUAUAAUAAAAAUAAAUAUGUUUUUAAGCAUUUAAAUGAAUAUUAUAUAAAUGAAGAAAUAAUUGGUAUAAUAUAUAAAAAAAAAAACUAUUAUUUCCAUGAAUUUUUUGAGAAAUCGCAAAAAGAUAAUAUAAUAAAAGAUUUUUAUGUUGAUAGGAUAAAAUACGAUAAAAGAAAUGAUAUGAUACAUAAAAAUGAGGAUAACAUGAUGAGUGUAGCAUAUGAAAAUAAUUUAAACAAUAUGAAUAUGGCAAGAAACGAUGAAAACAUGAAUUUUUUUGGAUAUAGUAGAAAUACACCUAAUAUGUAUAAUAAAAUAAAUAUAAUGAAUAAUGAUUUAAGUAUUAAUAAAAAUUUAAUAUAUAAAGAGAAUGAAAGAAAUAUUAGCAAACCAAAAGGAAAAAUAGAAAGUAUGCCACCAUUUUAUUUAGAUGAAAAUACCUUAAGUGAGUAUCAGCAAUAUUAUGAUUUAGUAAUUAUAACACACAAGCAUAUUUAUUAUAUUACUAAAAAUACAAAAACUCAAAAAGUAGAAAAAAUGAUAAAUAACUAUUUACAUUAUAAUAUAUCCUUUGAGAAUAGAAAUAUAAAAAACAUUGUCUUAAAUGAAUUUAAAAUAAAAAAGCAUAUAAAAAAUAAUACAGAGGAAUUUUAUAAAAAUAUAAAACAAAGUAUUUUAAAUAAAAAUGAAAGAGUAAAUAUGCCAGUUAAAAUGAAUUAUGAAAAAAAUUAUACAAUAAAAAAUCAAAAUGCUUCUAAUUUUAUAAGAGAAAGAAAUGAUUAUGAAUUGAUUUAUGAAUAUUUUAUAAAUAAAAUAAUACAUAUUUCUUCUAAUGAGGAAUUUCCAUUUAUCAUAUGGUGCUUAUUAUUAAAUCAUGUUUAUAAAUUUGAAAUGAUGUGUUUUAACAGUAUUCAUAUUAAUAAUCAAAAAAUGAUUAGAAAUAAACCUGAAGAAUUUAAUUAUUCGUCUCCAAAAUUAAGUAAAAAAUCAUUAUCACAAAUACCGAAAGAAAAUACUUCUUUAUAUUUCAAUAAAAAAGAAAAUGAAAAAAAAAUUCACUUAGAAAAAAUGUUCAAUGAAAAUUUACAAAGAAAAGAAGAUCAGUAUAUGAAAAUAAAAGAGUCCAAUAAUCAAAUAGAUUAUGAUAUAUUAAAUAAAAUAUAUAAACCAACUCCAUUCAAGUUUGGUUUUAUUGAUAAAAAUGCUGACUAUAUUAUCAAACAAGGGAAAUUACAAAAGGCAAUGGAAUUAGAGAUAAAAACAAGAAAAAUUAAGGGAAUAAAUCAUUUAUUUAAUGAUAAUAUUGAUGAUAUAGAAAAUGAAAUAAUUAAAAACAAUAAUAAUAAAAACAGAAAUGAUAAUUUACUUGAUAAUUUUAGUCAAAAUAUUUUAUUAAAUGAUAUAGAAUAUUGUAAUAUAUUUAAUAUUUAUGAAAAAAAAAGUACGAAAAAAAAAUUUUUAGAUUCAGAAAAAAAUAGAAGUGGUAAUUUUGCAUUUGAAUAUUUAACUAAUAAAAAUUUUGAUAUUAUGUUUUUAAAAAAUGUGAAUUUUUACAACAGUUCAUUAAAUGUAUUAUCAAAGGGGUUAUUAUUAUUACUAAGUCGUUUAUUGAAACCAAUAAUGUUUAUUCAUUUAUUUUCUUGUGAAAAAUAUAGAAAUAAUAAUAUUUUUAAAUGCUCAAAUAAUUUUCCUACAAAUUCUAGAAAAUUUAUGAAAAUAUCCGAGUAUUCAAAAGACUUAGGAAUAUCUGUUAUUUCAAAAGAAAAAAAUGAAGAAGAUGAAGAAACAUUUUACAAUAUGAGAGAUUAUUGUAUAGUAAGAAUGAACGAUGAUGUGUAUUCAAAAAAAAAAAGAAAAAGAAGCUUUUAUGAAGAUAGUGAAAUGGUAAUAUUAAUUGGGAAUGUGCCUUUAGAUUGUUGUUUAAAUUUAAUAGAGAAAUUAAAAUGUCUUAGUUUAUGUGUAAGUAUUGUUUUAACAAACUUAUUAAAAAAGAAAAAUGAUUAUGCAAAUAAAAUUAAAGAAAUGACAGAUAUAUCAAUUAUAAAUAUAUACUAUGACUAUACAUUUAUUAUAGUAAAUGAGAUAAAUGAGUUUUAUUCUAUUUUAAAUUUUAUAAAUUUUAGUAUUGAGUAUUUACUUAUUUAUUCUAUAAUUAUUAGUGAUUAUUAUAAAAAUAAAAAUGUAAUUAAAAAGAAAGAUAUUGGUAAUAAGCAAAAUUUUUUGUAUUUAUCUAGUACACUAUUUGAUUUACUAACAAAAUGUAAUUUUAUGAAAACUUAUUUAAGUAAAACUUACAGGGAUAUAUUAAAACAGUGCCUAUUUAGUAUCAUAAAAUCAGAAAAAUACAUACCAAUUGAAUUUUUUCAAGGAUAUAUUAUUCAUAAAAAUGAAUUUCUUGCUCUCUUUUUAACAAAAAUUAUUGAAGAAGAAAUUUUUUUAAAAAAAAAAAUGAAAAUAAAAGAUAAUUAUGAAUACUAUAGAAAUGAUAAAUAUGAUGAAUUUUCAGCAUCAGAAAGAAGAGCAGAACAUUUCAUAAAUGAAAAUUUAAAGGAUGCCUUAAUAAGUAUUAAUAUAUACAAACUAAUUAUUUUAUUAUACAAAGCUGAUUAUUACAAGUGUGCUAGCACUUUAAUUAGUUUAUAUAUAGAUUCCUAUUAUAAAUCAUUAAACUUUAAAGAGAAGAGCAAUGAAAAUUUUAUUGAAAAGAAAAAUUUAAAACUAAUUUAUGAUAAUUUUUUUAACUUAAAAGAAUAUUAUUCAAGUAAAGUUGUUAUAAAUAAUAUUGAUGUAGAGUAUGAUUACGAUUAUUUUGUAUUAUAUAGUAGUUGCUUUUUACCAAUAGAAAAAAUAAUUCAUGUAAAUUAUAUGAAAUAUUUAUAUAAAAAUAAUGAGAAAAAAAAAAAUAAAAUUAAAAAGUUUCUUAUUACUUUAUUAGAAUAUUCUAGUGAUGUCAACUUCCAUUUCUUUAUUUUUAAUUUAAUUUUGUAUAAAUGUAAAAAUGAAUUUCCUUGUUCUAUUUUCGAACUGAAUAUAUCUCAGUAUUUAUACUAUUUUAUUAAACUAAAUGAAUUAAAUAUAAAUGAUGCAUUCAUUUACUAUUAUAGAGAAUUUAAAUAUCAAGAUAUUGUUAUAUUUUUCUCUAGAAAAGCUUUUUGUGAAUGGAACGUUUCUGUAGAAGAUAAUCUAUUAAGUACUAUUUAUAAAAAUGAAGUAAAAAAAUCUGGAGAGCAUGAGAAAGAAAAAGAUGAAAUAAGAAAAGAAGAAGAAAAAAAAGAAUUAGGAGCUGAAAAAGAAAAAGAGAAAAAUAAUAUUGCCAAUAAUAAUAAUGAAAUCACUGAAUUAAAGAAACAAGAAUAUUAUCAGAAUGAAUUAAGUUAUGACAUUUCUCCAUCUAUAAAUAAUCAUAUCAGUGAAUAUUUUUUAGAUUUUAAUAGUAUAAAUAAAAAAUCUUUCAUAAAUGAAUUAACAAACAACAAUUAUAUUUAUGAAAACAAUUAUAUAGGGCAGAGUUAUUUACUAUCAAAUCCAUUAUAUAACAACGAAACAAAAGAUAUAUUUUAUAAUAUAUAUAAAUAUCUUUUUAAAAUAAUUUCAUUUCCUAGUUUAAAAAAGAGGAUGGAGUAUAUUGAUAACUGCAUGAAAACAAAGAUUUUUCUUAUUCAAAAAGUGUGUAAUUUUAAAAAUAGAAAUUACCAAAAAAAUAAGUUAUUAAAUGAAUACAUAAAUUCUUAUAAUGAUGAAUCUAAUAUUUCUUUUAUGAAUAAAAAAAAAAGCAAUAUAAAUGAAUUAAAUGAAAGUUUUAAAAAAAAAACUGUUCAUGAAUUACUAAAUAUAAAUAGUGUAUUAGAUAAAGAAGUUUUAAAAAAUUAUUAUACAGUUGAUAAAACUAUAACAUAUGAUGAAAAGUUUCAUAAAUCUUUAAAAACGUUAUUUAAUAAAAACAAGUGCUUGUUUAAAUUGAAGGAAGAUUAUUUAUCAAAUCAAAAUACUUAUUAUUUAAAUUUAAAAGAAAUUAAGAAAUGUAAAACAUCCUUGAACUAUCAUAAACUAUUAUUUCAUGAAAUAAUAAAUCUGUUUGUUUUUUAUGUUUAUAAAUUUUGUCAGUGGGAUAUCUUAAAAGAUUAUUUUGAUAUUCUUAUGACAGGAUCAAAAGAAGAAAUUAGAAAAGUUCUUGAACACUUUGAAAAUAUAAAUAGUGAAGAAAGUGAUGUAAUGAAAAAAUCCUUUUCAAAUAUGUAUAAUUAUCUUUCUAAAAGCAAAUAUGAGAAUAUAGAUGAAGUAAUAACUGAUUAUAAUCAACAAAUAAAUAACGUUGGUAAUAAAAUAAAUAUAAAAAGAAUAGUUGAUAUAAUAGAUACAUUUAAAGAAUUUUUAAUUAUAAUUCAAAAAAAUAUACAUACAAAAGAAGAUUUAAAAAAUAAAAUAUUUUUUAAAAGCAAACUUCUAUUUAAAAAUUUUCUUCCAUCUUUCAAUUUAUUAAAGUUAAUAAUAUUAUGUGAUAAAAAAAAAGAUAAAAUUGAUAAAUUAAAUUCUAACUGUUUCUCAACAGUUAAUCAUAUGUUAAAAAAUGAUAUAAAAUGCAGUUCUUUUUAUUUUUCUAAGUAUUCUUUUUGCUUUGAAAGACUAUUGGAUUUUUCUUUUUCAUUAACUAUAUCUUUUGAAAAUAUAAAUUUUAUAAUAAAUUAUAUUGGUGACAUACUAAAAUUAUAUGAUAUCAAAUUUAAAAAUUGUUUGUAUUUAUUAGUAGUUAUAAAAUUGCAUAAAUUUAUGAAUAAUUUAUUUGAAAUAAAGAAAGUAAGAUCCCUUUUAAAAAACAAGAUAAAUGUAUUGAAGACAAAAAAAAAUAACGAGAAAAUGAAGUUAAUUUAUCUUUUAAAUUGCAUACCACUUAUAUAUCUUGACUCUCAAAUGAAUGUUAUUUUGAUUAAUGAAUCAUAUGAAUAUAAAACAAACCAAGAUAAAAUCAUUUUUUCUAAAUUAUCUCCCUUUUCGUUAAUAACUAAAGCUGUUAAUCACAAAUUACGUAGUGUGUAUUCAUAUCAUGAUUAUAUUGAUAAUUAUGAAGAUAGGGAAGAAGAGAAAGAACAAGAAACAGACUAUGAAGAAGAUGAUAAAGAAAAUGAAGAAAAAGAAAUGAUAAAAAAGGAGGAAGAAUUAAAAAAAAGGAUAAAGAAUGACAACAUUGCUAUAGACAGAAAUGAUAGAAAAUCUUUGUAUUAUUUGUACAACGUAAACUACUGCUUUAGUGAAAAUGAAAAUAAUGAAAAUAUUAUAAAUAAUCGUGAGUUAAUUGUGUUAAGUUAUAAAAAUUAUUGUUUUUAUAUUGUUUGGAUAUCUAAUUUAUUAUUAAAUCAUAAAGUUGAAUAUAAGUCAUUAAUAAAUGUUUAUGUAAAGAUACACAAUAAUUUAAAACAUCAAAAAUCAUCUCAUUUACAGGAGCAUGAAAUAGCUAUAAUUAUAUAUUACUUAUUUACAAUUUGGAUAAAUGGUGAUAAGAAUAAUUGUUCUUUUUUCUUUUACAAUGAAGAAAAAAGUUAUAACGAAAAAAAUAAUAUUGGAUGUUUUUUAAAAGAUAAAAAUGGAAGACCAGAAUAUAUUAGUAAUUAUUCAUUAAUAACUUUAUUAAAAGAAUUAUUAUCAAGAGCUGAAUUUUAUUUUGAAUAUACAUCUGAUGCAGCUUCAAGAAAUUAUGAUAUUAGUUCUAUUAUGCUAGAUUCAUCAAUUUAUGAUAAUGAAAAAAUUAAAAAAUCGUCUGUUGAUAUAUUAAAAAGAUUUUUUGAUGAUAUAUAUAUUACUUUCAAUGAAGUAUUAGCAAAAAUUCCAUUUCUAAAUCAAAUUGUAGAAUUUCAAAAUAUCAAUGAAUUUCUAAAAAAAUUUAGAAUAUAUCUUGAAGAAAUAUCUUGUAAAAUUACUAUAAAUGAAAAUAAUUUUAAUUGCUAA